AUUCCCUCCUCCACUCUCUCGAGCUAACUACAACCAGCCUCUCUCAGUAGUAGUAGUUUGGAGGGCUAGCAACCAUGGCUUGUAGUGACAAAAAGAUUGCCUUCUUGGCUCUGCUGCUAGCAUUGCUUGGUUGCCUGGGGCGCACGUGCCAAGCGAGCUACGGGUUUCCCUAUCCGUUGCUCCCUUUCUUCCAGGUCAGAAUAAGUUCUCAUGCCCUGUCGCUCACCUUUGGUCACUACCCCAAGGUCAAGAACACUUGCUAUGGAGUGGAGACGAUCGUGAGGGACAUUGUAAAGGAGGAGGUGGACCGCGACCGCGGCAUCGGCGCCGGGCUCAUCCGUCUCUUCUUCCACGACUGCUUUGUCCGGGGUUGUGAUGCGUCGGUCCUCCUUAACACUACCAGCACGCCCAACGAGCCGACGGAGAUGGAAGGCAUCCCCAACAAGGGCAGUCUUCGUGGCUUCGAGGUGAUCAACAGGAUCAAGGAGAAGCUUGAGGCCACGCCCGGGUGCAAGCAUAUCGUCUCAUGCUCGGACAUCGUCGCCUUUGCUGGGCGCGACGCCACCUACUUCCUCAGCAACAAGGUGAUAGACUUUGAAAUCCCGUCUGGCCGCUACGACGGGCGCGUCUCUCUCGCCAGCGAAACCCUCCCCAAUCUGCCCCCUCCCUUCGCCAACAUCACGAUGCUCGAGGCUAUGUUCCAAAACAAGAAUCUCACCCUUGACGAGAUGGUCACCCUCUCCGGCGCACACUCAAUCGGCAUCUCCCACUGCUCGUCCUUCAACGGGGACCGCCCCACGACCAUGAACUCUACAUUGGCCGACUUGGUGACAGCUAACUGUAGCAGCGGCGGCAACCCUACGGUGGAUCAGGACAUCUACACCCCUGGAUACCUGGACAACCAAUACUACAACAACGUGCUUAACCACGAAGUGUUGUUCAAAUCGGAUGCCGCGCUCGAGUCACCCUCGACAAUUGAAUCCGUGAAACGAAAUGCCAGGUACCCUGUAGAGUGGGAACAGAAGUUCCGGCAAGCCAUGGUGAAGAUGGGCAACAUCGAGGUCAAGACCAGCAUGAAUGGGGAGAUCAGACAGAAGUGCUGGUCCAUCAACUACUAGUAGUGGUACCUCGUCUUGGUUCCUGACGCUGGAAACCGAUCAGAUUUGUGUGUGCGAUUUGGAUCUUUCAUUUUUGCUCUUUAUUUGAUUAUUAUCUUGCACUAAGGUUGUGUAACUCAUUUUCUCAUUACAUUUAAAUUACUGAAAUUGUUAUCGGUGUACA